GAAAGAAAAUACCAAAAGAUUUUGGGGAGGUUUUAGAGAGAGAGAGAAAAAAUAAAUUAGAGGUUGAAAGAGAUGAAGAUACAGUGUAACGUGUGCGAGGCGGCGGAGGCCACCGUGCUCUGCUGCGCCGACGAGGCGGCGCUGUGCUGGGCCUGCGACGAGAAAGUCCACGCCGCCAACAAGCUCGCCAGCAAGCACCAGAGGGUUCCUCUCUCCGCUUCUCAUUUGCCCAAGUGCGAUAUUUGCCAGGAGGCGGUUGGGUAUUUCUUCUGCUUGGAGGAUAGGGCUUUGCUAUGUAGGAAGUGCGAUGUUGCGAUACAUACUGUGAAUAGCUUUGUUUCCGGUCACCGGAGGUUUUUGCUGACCGGAAUUAAGGUUGGGCUGGAGCCCAAUCCUCCGGGUAGGUCUGGUCCUGGUGGCGGUGUUGCAGGGUCGUCUUCGUCGGUGAAAUCGGAGUCUGGGGCCGUGGCGAAAUGUGAGGGGAAUAAUCAGUUGGCUGAGGAAUGCAAGGUGGCGCCGGAGAGUGUGGCCGGGAUGGGUUUUUCUGGGGGCUCUGGAGCUGGAGCUGGGUCUGUUCCGCAGUGGCCGAUGGAGGAGUUUCUGCGAUUCGCUGAUUUCGAUCAGAGCUUUGGAUACAUGGAUAAUGGAUCGUCUAAGGCUGACUGCGGUAAACUUGGGGACUCUGAUUCAUCAGUUUUAAGAUCACCUGAGGAGGAACUGGAGGAUUACGAGUGCAUAGGUCAGGUGCCAGAGCUCUCUUGGAUGGUGCCACAGGUACCUUCCCCACCUACAUCCUCAGGGCUAUACUGGCCUAAAACUUAUCAGAACCCAUUGGAUUCUGCGGUGUUUGUUCCAGACGUUAACUACUCAGAUAUGCAAAAUUCUCUUCACUAUCAACAGAAUGGUACUGUCUCAAAACGUCGUAGGCAACUAUAACCCAAGCUCGAAAAGUUUCUGGAUGUUUUUUUUUUUUUUUGGGAUAACAGUUUCUCUAUGUAUUGGUUUGUGCUUAUAAGAGCAUUUUGUGUGCUUCUCCCUCUUCUAGAAUAGAGAAGUGGUUUUAAACUUUUUAAUGUGAAAGUAGAUCUUACUUACCACUGGCGAUGUAGUGUUUGUAACUCUGUAAACGUCAACGCGUAAAAUAAGAUAAAUGAGUACUUGUUAAUGCAUAUA